CCAUGCCUGUGCCUACAGGAGCCCACCUGGCUACAGGACGAGGAUGAUGAGCUGUGGCCCGAGUUCCCCCCCUGCUCGCCCACAGAGGGGCCCAGCCCCACCACCUCACUCUCCCCUACCUCCCCUGUGUCUCCCACGUUCCCUGUAUCUCCCACAUCUCCUUUGUCGCCUGUGUCCCCCACAUCCCCCACAGCUGGUAGCACUGAGGGCUCAGGUGGCAGUGAGAGUGGUGUGUCUGCAGUGGGGCCACGGGGACGGGUGCCCCCCAGGGUGGCAGCUGUGGGGCGGCCACGAGUGAGCAGCCGGGCAUGUGGACGCAGUGCCAUCCUGGAGAAGUUUGGGGGGGCAGCCACAGGCCCAGCCCCACACCUGAAGCGUGCGGGGGCCACGGGCUCAGUGAAGGCUAUGCUGCUGGAGUGGUGCCGUGCCAGGACACGUGGCUACCAGCACGUGGACAUCCAGAACUUCUCGGGGAGCUGGAGCAGCGGCCUGGCCUUCUGCGCCCUCAUCCACAGCUUCUUCCCUGAUGCCUUUGACUAUGGCAGCCUGGAGCCCCAGGAUCGCCAGCGUAACUUCACCCUGGCCUUCACCACCGCAGAGGAGCGUGUCGACUGUGCCCAGCUGCUGGAGGUGGAGGACAUGCUGCGGCUGGCAGUGCCGGACGCCAAGUGCAUCUACACCUAUGUGCAGGAGCUGUACCGCAGCUUGGUUGCCAAGGGGCUAGUGAAGACCAAGAAGCGCUGAGGGCCCCCCAGCCCCAUUCCCCAUUU